AUGAAUAAUAUGCCUGACUUGGCAUUUAUAAAACUCACAUGCUUGAAAGAUAGAACAGAAAUUGCUGUUAGAAUUGGAUUGUCAGCUUUAAGUGUCUAUGACAUAAAUUCAUAUGUUGGCAAUCUUUCUCUUUUCUAUGAAAUAGAGGAGAAGCUUAAGCAGGGUCACAACGUUGUACUUAUAUCAAACCAUCAUACUGAAGCUGACCCAAUCAUCAUCUCAUUGUUGCUUGAGAAAGCAAAUUCGCACAUUGCCGAGAACAUGCUAUAUUCCCUUUGUGAGAAAACAAUCGUAAGCAUUUCUGCUGGUAAGUACUGGGCUGCUACUGCUACUGCUACAUGUGGGAUGGCAAGAAAAGUAUGGAAAAACCACAUUUUGCAACUCGGUUACACCGAGUUAAGGGAAAAAAGAUCCCUUAAAGAGUUGAUUUUGAGAGUUGGUCAUGAGAGAAUGUAA